GCAGAAACUCGUCCUAAAGAAACGCCGUGCACAGGGCACAACUUCAAAUCUACUCAUACAAUACAAGGGAUAAGCUACAUAUUUAGAAGAGUGUGUGAUGAAUGAAGUGGUCCACACCCAUCUAUUAAUAUCCAAGACAAACAUGUGACAAUCUCGUCAUAAAGAAAAGAAGAAGGAAUAUCAAGUCAAAAAAAAAGAUUGUGGACCCUGUUUCCUCGUUGAGUCACAAUGACUUCAACAAGUGUGUUGAAUCAAGUGGUACAAAAUCAUCUAUUAAUAUCCAAGAUAGAUGUCAACAGUAUUAUACAAACCUGUCACAGUCUGGUCAUGAAUCACAAUACAACCAUCAAACAACUUAUCUCCCUUUUCUCUAAAAUAUCUGGUUAUGAUUCUUACUGUAAACAGAUUGUGUCGUUAUGUAACCAGAUCUUGUUUAAUACAGUAACCAGUAACAACGCUGUAGUAAAUGUGUGUAAAUCGUUAAAACCUAUAGAUUUGUCGCCAGAUAAGCCAUAUACUUAUUUGCCAAGCUCUGAAUUACCCACAACAACAAAUAAACCAAAAAUUAUAAUAGCAACAACAAAACAUGGAUUAUCCAUACAAACAAGUCAACCUGAGUUUCUCAUAGCAACAAGUCAACAUAAAUUACCCAAAGAAACAAGUCAACUCAUAGAAACAGGUCAACGUAAAUUACCCAUAGCAACAAGUCAACCCAAAAUAACCACCAAAACAAGUCAACCUGAAUUACCCAUCGCAACAAGUCAACCCAAAAUAACCAUAUCAACAAGUAAUCCUAAAUUAGCUGUAGUAACAAGUAACCCUACAUGUAUGUUAUCCAUAGCAGCAAGUAAAUCCAUAGUAACUAGCAGUCAAUGUAGUCUUCCAAAAUCACCCAUAACAACAAUUAAUCCUGAUUUACCAAUUGUAACAAGUAAACCUAUAGCUAUGUUACCCAUAGCAACAAGUAAAUCUGAAUCAUUGAAAGUAACAAAUAAUCUACAAUUACACCUACCAAGCAGUCAAGGUAAAUUAGCAAUAAAUGUAUUAAAAUCACCUAUAGCAACAAGUAAAUCGGAACUAUAUGAAGGAAAUAUUAAAUUCCAAACAACCCUAGCAACAGAUGAGUGUGAAUUGCCUAUAGCAACAUGUAAAUCAGAAAUACUCUUUGUAAGAAGUGGAAGUAAUUCUGCUUUUCUCAAAUCAACCAAUCCCAAAUGCAACACAGUAACCAUCUAUCCUAAAUCAUUUGUAGCAGCAAGUGAAAAUGAAUUGCCCAUAGUAAUGAACAAGCCGGAGUUACCCAUAGCAACAUCAUCAAACCAAACCAACAGUAAAUCAUCAACAAAUGUUAAACCAAUGCUAAAAAAAGAAGGUGAUAGUGAUACAGUAACCAUCUAUCCUAAAUCAUCUGUAGCAGCAAGUAAACAUGGAUUGCCCAUAAUAACGAACCAGCCUGAGUUACCCAUAGCAACAUCAUCAAACCAAACCAACAGUAAAUCAUCAACAAAUGUUAAACCAAUGCUAAAAAAAGAAGGUGAUAGUGAUACAGUAACCAUCUAUCCUAAAUCAUCUGUAGCAGCAAGUAAACAUGGAUUGCCCAUAGUAACGAACCAGCCUGAGUUACCCAUAGCAACAUCAUCAAACCAAACCAACAGUAAAUCAUCAACAAAUGUUAAACCAGUGCUAAAAAAAGAAGGUGAUAGUGAUACAGUAACCAUCUAUCCUAAAUCAUCUGUAGCAGCAAGUAAACAUGGAUUGCCCAUAGUAACGAACCAGUCUGAGUUACCCAUAGCAACAUCAUCAAACCCAAAAAAAUCAUCAACAAUUGUUCCAACGCUAAAAGAUGCAACUGCUAGUGAAAGAAUUGAAGCCAUCAAUAAUAUACUCCAAAACAAUGCCAAUUUACUGCAAUCUCAUUCAGUACCAAAGAGCAAGCAUUUAGUACCAAAAAGCAAGCAUAAAGUAUUUGUCAGAAAGAGACGCCCAAGGCUAUACCAGAAGGUUAUUUGUGAAAUUUGUGGGAUACUUUUGAAAAGACGUGAAUGUUUGAAAUCACAUCAAAUUACUCAUCUAGGUCACAAACCUGUUGAGUGUCCGUACUGUGAUUACAGGUGUGUUAAUAACAGUUAUCUGAACGUUCACCUACAGACUCACAAGAGAGAGAAAAAACACCAGUGUGCGAAAUGUGGUAAAUGUUUUUCUCGAAAGACCACUCUGAGAAAUCAUGAAUUGACUCACAUUGACACACACUAAACUUAGGUUGCCUGUCUACAGUUAGCUCCGCUUGAGAACAGAUGCUAAGCUAACUGACCGACAUUUAAGUCCUAAAUCGACGAUUUUAGUAGAAAACACUGAGUAAACUUUGAGACGUUUUUAUUCUGCUUCCAUUUAAUAAAAUUGAAAAAGUU